GGCCGCCGUGGCCGCUCUCAGGUUCCUCUCAGUUCCUCUCUGCUAUGGUGAUGUAUUCAUGAGAUUUGUCAAACUGGAGUUAAAGAGGAAGAGAAUUGCAUUCUAAAUCAUGGACGGUGGUCAGUCAAAAGAUACAGACGCGCAAUUUAUAUCCUUCCAUGAUUUCCCAUCAAUAAGUCAUGCUGAUAAUUCUGAGGGACAGCUGGGCACCGGGGCUUCCACUCAGCAGCCUUACAAUAACCUCUCAAGUAACUCGAUGGGCAUCGGCAUUAUAGAAGAUUUACAAGGAAUGCCUGAUAAAUCCGAAGGUGCUGCCCAACCCAACUUCUGGACAGUUGAGUACUAUCAAAAAUUUUUUAAUGUCAAUACAAACGAUGUGUUGGAGAGGCUCAAACGGUCUAUGAUACCACAUGGUAGUGAUAAUUAUCUCAUAACACACAUAAGGCCAAAUCCAGAUUUGUAUGGGCCGUUUUGGGUAUGUGUGACGCUGGUGUUUGCCAUUGCAAUCAGCGAAAAUGUGGCAAAUUAUUUGCAGACUGCCAAUACCACCAAGCAUCAUUGGAGAUAUGAUUUUCAUAUUGUAUCAUAUGCCGCCACUUUUAUAUUUUUAUAUGCGUGGCUUCUACCAUUGGCCCUGUGGGGUGCAUUCAAAUGGACUAACAGUUCGAGAAAUACUGAAGAGGAAUUGAUCGAGUCUUACGCUGUCCCAGGACUUUUAGAACUUUUGUGUCUGUAUGGAUAUUCCCUAAGCAUUUAUAUCCCAGUAGCUUUCCUAUGGGUUAUUCAAAUUAGUUGGUUACAAUGGAGUCUAGUCAUACUAGUGACAUUUUUAUCUGGUGGAGUUUUACUUCGAUCGUUAUUGCCUGUAAUCGCAGGGAAACAUAAGAUUAUAUAUAUUGCUAUAAUCCUGGGUAUGCAUCUACUAUUAGCGGCUGGAUUUAUGCUGUAUUUCUUUCACGUACCAUCUAAGACCGUGUCAGCCGUGACUGAAUUGGUAGCAUCCUCUACGCAUUCCAGCGUUUUGCAUAAAGUAGCACAAAGUAACAAUUCUGUUGUUUUGCCAACGGCAUCUUGAAACAUCUAUGUGGAUCUGAUAAUGAUAGAAUUAUUUCCCCAAGACUAUCGAAAAAAUUUACCUAUUUACGUGUGUAUAUCUGUGUAGAUUUUAUUUAUGUCUCCCCGAUUUAUAUAUCAAUCAAAAUAUAUAUCGCACAUGGCGCUAAUCUGCGUGUAGAUAAUAUUUAUACUAUAACUGUAAACUAUAAUAAACUAUAAUAAGAUAAGAAUAAAAAGUAUUCCGAUCCUUAAAUGUGCAUCUUUAUGAAAAUGAAACGGUUCAAUAACUCCUCUCUGGCAGAAGCGUCCAUAUUUUCAGGAUAGUGACAAAAAGAUCCGAUGAAGUGUUUGGUUGAUUUAUUUCACAGCCCUACUGCAAUAUAGGGGAGCGUUACAUCAACGCAACACAUACCAUUUACAAUCAUACGAAAUAAUCUCCACGACGUUGUACAUAAUGCGUGAUCGCGCGGUAUUUUUUUUAUAUAGUACUUAUAAUACAAUAGAUUAUUACAUUAUUAAUCGCAUAUAAUCCAUUAGUAUCUUGCUCGUUUACCGAUGUGACAAAAGGCAACAUUCAUUUUGUAGUUAUCAUUAAUGUUAUUAUCGUCGGUGUAUCUAAUAGUACAUAUACCAUGACAAUAGUAAUUCAUUCGCGCCGUUGCGGUGGAAAAUUGCAAGACAAUUUGUGUCGUCGGUAUGUACCGAUGAAUGUACAUGCGCUGCUUGAAGAAGCAACUCUGAGCCUCGAGCUACCGAGAAAAGAAAUAACAAG